ACAGUCCACAUUUCCAGAGGAGCCCAACAGUCUCCCUCCAGCACUUCGCGUCGAGCUCGCGUAACAAAACAAGCGGAGCAGGACUCGUGCCGCUCUCCGGGAUAGAUCCUCAGAUUAUUCCCAGGACUUGGUUUGCUCUGUAUUCUCCCGGACGACACUUACAUAUAGCUCACAGGAUCUAAGGUAUUUACAGUAGCAUAACCGGAGAUCCUGGAAGAUGGGUUCAGUCCCUGCGAUAUCUGCCCUUAUUUUGGGCAUUGUGGUUCCAGCGCUGGCCGGCUAUAUUGAGGCGCUAGCAGCCAAUGCAGGCACAGGGUUUGCCGUGGCCGAGCCACAGGUGGCGAUGUUCUGCGGAAAGCUCAACAUGCAUGUCAACAUUCAGACCGGCCGCUGGGAACCUGACCCAUCCGGAACCAAGAGCUGCGUAGGAACUAAAGAGGGUGUGCUGCAGUACUGCCAGGAGAUGUAUCCUGAGCUUCAAAUCACAAACGUGGUGGAAGCCAACCAGCCAAUUCGUAUUGAGAACUGGUGCAAGAAGGAGAAGAAGGUGUGCAAAGGGCACGCCCAUAUUGUGGUGCCUUACAAAUGCUUAGUGGGCGAGUUCGUGAGUGACGUGCUUCUGGUUCCAGAGAAGUGCAAGUUCUUCCACAAGGAGCGUAUGGACAUGUGCGUCAGCCAUCAGCAGUGGCACGGCGUGGCCAAAGAGGCCUGUGCCAAGAGCUCCAUGGUGCUACACAGCUACGGCAUGCUGCUGCCCUGCGGCAUUGACAAGUUCCACGGCACCGAGUAUGUGUGCUGCCCCUCCUCUCGCACCGGGGAGUCCGCUCCACCUUCCCUGCCCACCCAGGAGGACGACGAAGAGGAGGAGGUAGAGGAUGAGGAGAUUGACGAGGCCGACCUGGUUGAGGAGGAGGACAGUGAGACACCAGCUGAUGAGCAGCCCACGCAAAAGGAAGAGCCAGUGGACGAGGACGAAGAGGAGGAGGAAGAUGAGGAGGAGUACCACUAUGUUUAUGAGGACGAGGAGGCCGAUAAGGAGGACGAGGAUGAAAAGAAAGAGAGCAGCAGAAUGUCAGAGAGCCAAGAUGAGGACAAGACUCUGCAGGAAGUGAAAGCGGUGUGCACCCUGGAGGCUGAGACCGGCCCCUGCCGUGCCUCCAUGCCCCGCUGGCACUUCGACAUGAGCCAGAGAAAGUGUGUGCGCUUCAUAUACGGGGGCUGUGCCGGCAACCGCAACAAUUUCGACUCAGAGGAGUACUGCAUGGCCGUGUGCAAGCGCCUGACCAUGCCACCGACUCCUCAACCCACUGAUGAUGUGGACAUCUACUUUGAGACCCCAGCCGACGACAAGGAGCACAGUCGCUUCCAGAGGGCUAAGGAGCAGCUGGAGAUCAGGCACCGCAAUCGCAUGGAGAGGGUAAGAAAAGAGUGGGAAGAGGCUGAUCGCCAGGCUAAGAACCUGCCCAAGGCUGAGAGGCAGACAUUGAUCCAGCACUUCCAAGCCAUGGUGGAGUCCCUGGAGGAGGAGGCAGCCAGCGAGAAGCAGCAGCUCGUGGAGACUCACCUCGCCCGGGUGGAGGCCAUGCUGAAUGACCGGCGCCGUCUGGCCCUGGAGAACUACUUGGCUGCCCUGCAGGCCGACCCCCCCAGGCCCCACCGCAUCCUGCAAGCCCUGAGAAGGUACGUCCGUGCCGAGAACAAGGACCGCCAGCACACCAUCCGCCACUACCAGCACGUCCUGGCUGUGGAUCCUGAGAAGGCUGCUCAAAUGAAGUCACAGGUGAUGACCCACCUGCGUGUCAUCGAGGAGAGGAUGAACCAGAGUCUGUCUCUGCUCUACAAAGUACCUUAUGUGGCCGAGGACAUUCAGGAUGAAAUUGACGAGCUACUCCAGGAGCAGAAAGCUGACAUGGACCAGUUCCUGUCGUCUAUCUCUGAAUCACAGCCAGAUGUCACUGUGUCGUCAGAGGAGAGCGUGGAAGUCCCCGUGCCCGAAGGCAAACCCUACCGCCCCUUCCAGGUCACAUCCCUGGGGUCCCGCUCAGAGCCAGAGGGCGAUCUAUCAGACUCCCCACGUGCCUUCAAGAAAGGCUCCGCCAUGUCUGGUUUAGAUGGUCUGAUAGGUGCUGAGGAGAGAAUCAUCAACAGCAAACCCAAGAUCAGCAACAAUGUGGUGAUUGAUGAGUCUCUGGAUGUUAAAGAAGUGGUUUACAGUGCAGAGAGAGUCAGCGUUAUGCAUGAUGAUGAGCUGGAGUCCUACCGCCCCCUGGGAGAGGACUUCAGCUUUGGGAGCAGUGCACUGAUUGGCUUGCUGGUGAUCGCGGUGGCCAUAGCAACUGUGAUUGUGAUCAGUCUGGUGCUUUUGAGGAAGAGGCAAUACGGCACCAUCAGUCAUGGCAUCGUGGAGGUUGACCCCAUGCUGACACCAGAGGAACGCCACCUCAGCAAGAUGCAGAACCACGGCUACGAAAACCCCACCUACAAAUACCUGGAGCAGAUGCAGAUCUAACCAGAGCCUACAGGGGCGCUGUGAGUGUGACAGAGGACGGCAACUGAGGGGGAACAUACUACUGACCAAUAACAUAUGCUAUUGUUAAUCAUUUGCAUACAUCCAAACUCCAUUUACUGGUUUGUUCAAAACAAUCCUUAAAUAAUGCUACUACUUCUAAAACUGCUACUAUUGUACUAUAGAGCUCUUUUUGAUCAUGUUUCUUUUGAAAAGGUGAUGUAUCUGCCAUGUUGCAUUAUGGAAAAUGUGAUUCUGCAGAUUUCUCUGUAAUUAUCAAUACAGCUUUCUCAGAUCAAGAUGUAUAACAGUUCUUCAGACAUUUUCUUCAUUUUUGAAAGUGAAAGGCAAAUCAAGCAAAAUUUAAAUGUUUUUGAGUGGCCAUCAUCAAACCAGACACUAAGCUAUAGUUUUCCAUCAUGCAAGUGUCAUUCAUGCAGUUUCUGAUGGUUUUCUCAAAAAUAAUUGGUGUUUAAUUUUGUUCUUUUUCCUCUCAAUAGAUUGCUUGUAUAUGAAGGUUCUUUGUACCAAUUAAAAUGUAUAGUGAAACAACAAAUGAGAAAAAAAUGAUAUCAUGAAUUAUUUACUUUCUGUUCUUUGUUAUGAUAACAGACAAAAUAUACAUAUACAGUUUAAAUAUAUAUAAGAGUAGAUGUUUUUAUUCCACCUUUUUUUUUUCCCAGGGAAGAGGUUAUGAGUUGGUUUAGGGUUCUUAGCUUGGUGGCCAUGAGUUGUGUUUGCAAGCACACACUGUUAGUCGGGGAAGGUGAAGGUGUGCACAGACCCCCAGCUCAAACACAUCACACAAAACCUACUCUGAACCCUUACUAAGUGAAUGUGAUAAUAUAUCCCCUCCUACACACACAAACACAACCUUUUAUCAAUAGGGAGACAGUAUAAAUCGAUAGAUAAAGUAAUACCUAUUGACGUGUUACAUAGUUGAAUGUAUCGUGGAAGCUUUUUUUCCAUACUAUGUACCUGACAGGUUCCUGUGUGGCUUUGAUUUUAAUGCACUGUCACAUUGUGACAAACAAAAUAAGCAGCAGCUUAGGGCCCAUCUGCCACCAGGGGCCCGCCAAAUGAAGUAAAAAUGUACAGAAUUUGGUGGAUUUGGGUGUGCUAUAACUAAUUCUGGGAUCACAACAAAUGCCAAACAAUGGUGUAAGAGUGGCUUGUGUUGACAUCCAGACGGAAUGCCACUGCAAAUGGACAAAGUUUUUUUUCUGAACCUGAAUAUACCAAAUUUGGGGAUUGUAACAAAUUAUUUUGGUAGGUACUAAAACUUUUUUUGGGGAUUUGGUGGAACAAAUUUUGCAAUCUUGAUUUUGGGAUUUGGAUGUACCCAGAAAGGCUUGGGCCGGCCCUGGAUCAAAGCCAAUAGAGGACAACUUGGAGCUGGAGGGCUGUGCAGGCAGACAGAGACACACAGAAAGGCAAGGCUUGGAGAGUUGGUUUCUGAAAAAAAAAAGCUAACUUGUGUAUUUUUACACAAUGACAUGUAUUUUUAGAGAAUGACAAAUGUAAACUGAAUCCUAGAAUCCACUUUUCUCUCUUUCUCUCUCUCUCUCUCUCGCUCUCUCUCUCUUAGUAUUGUCUUUGUAUGCCUGUAUAGUUGAUGUUGCAAUCAUGGCUUUUUUCCGGAGGAUUACCUGUGGUGUGCAUUGUUCUUAUAUGAAAUGAUAUGAUAUAUAUUUUUAAGUUUUUUUCUUGUUUUCUAUUUUUUCUCUUCAUGUGACAGUAUCUCUGUAUGUGACUGUCUCACUAUGCACCCAAACGGCUUCAAUCUUGUAACUGCCUGCUUGAUUGUGGGAGGGGACUGGGAACUAAUAUAAUAUGCAUAUUAGUGAUUUUAAAAAAAUGAUUGACACCAAUGGAAACAGAUUUAUGGUUACAGGGGGGAUACACAUAAAUAAACUCACAACUUCCA